UUUCAUUCCAAUUUUAACGACGUGUUAAUUAAGCAACAUGCGGAUGUUAUAGCUAAUGAAGGCUAUUUGGAAGUUGGUUAUAGAUAUAUAAAUCUUGAUGAUGGAUGGCAAGCACCUAUAAGAAUAGAAAAGAAACUAUAUCAUAAUCUAUUUAAAUUUCCCCUUGGAAUGAAAGAUCUUGCAGAUUAUAUACAUAAAAAAGGCUUACUUUUUGGAAUUUAUUCAGAUGCUGGAGCUCAAACUUGUGGUGGUCAACCUGGAUCACUUGAUAACGAAGAUAUAGAUGCACAAACAUUCGUAGAAUGGGAUGUUGACUAUUUAAAGUAUGAUAAUUGUAAUGAUCAAGGAAGGCCUGAACAACAACGUUACCAAGCAAUGGCAAAUGCACUUAAGUCUGCAACUGCAGGCAAAAAUAAGACUAUUUUCUAUAACAUCUGCGAAUGGGGAACAAGUAAUCCUUGGUUAUGGGGACCUGGUACCGGCAAUAGUUGGAGAAUUUCUGUUGACAUUAAUGCAUUCUGGCCAGCGAUCAUAUCAACAAUAGAUUCGCAAGUAAGACUUACGGAAUUUGGAGGGCUAGGUGGUUGGAAUGAUCCCGAUAUGCUUGUAGUGGGUUUUGAUGGAAUACCUUUUGAAGAACAAAUAACACAUUAUGCAUUUUGGUCCGCCCUGAAGGCCCCUUUAAUACUUGGAUGUGAUCUUACUAAGGUUAAUAAUAUGUCAAAAGCAUUAAUAUUAAAUAAAGAUAUAAUUUCUGUAAAUCAAGAUCCUCUUGGAUUGUCUGUAUGCCAGGUUUACUAUAAAAAUGAUAAUAAAAUUUCCUUUGAUAUUUGGACUGGACCACUUAAUGAUGGAUAUGUUGCAAAUCCAAUAAAUAUCACAUUAGAUUUUAAAAGCCAUUGCCACCUUACAGGUACUAUUGAAGUUUAUAACCUUGUAAAACAACAAUCUAGCGGAUACUAUACAAAUAGUUAUACUGCAACAAAUAUUCCAAAACAUGGGGUAGAAUUUAUAAAACUUAUUGGUGGAAAUAUUAGUGACAAUAAUCGUCCAUGCCUUAAUAAUUC